UGUGGGGGGUUUUUUUCCUUCUUGAAAGUUUACGCAGGGCUGUUGUUGCGCGCAUCCAACAUGACAGAGAAAGUAACGGACAUCACGGCUGGCAGUGAUUCCCUGCUGUGCUGGUUACUGCAAUGAAUGGUAACACUGUCCAGCAGACCACGAGCACUGCAUCAUCCGUAGCACCUCCUUGUGGAUGGAGGGAGUUCUGCGAGUUGCAUGCCAGCACCACGGCCCGAGAACUUGCCCAGCACUACCGGCGCUUCAUCAGAGAGCGGCCGGUGCAGGAUGUGGUCCCGCCGGAAAGUUUCUCGAAGCAGUUCAGCGCCCUCUUCCAUCACCACUUCAGCUGUGAGGUGGCUAAAGAUGCAGAACCCGCCCUGCGGCCACCGCCACCACCACCCUUGCUACCCAUGACUGGCCGCUUACGCAUCACUUCCUUCUCAGGGGUGCUGGAUUACCGGGAGACCGUGCGGCCAGGAGUGACUCCGCUAGUUGCCGUGUUGGCGCCCAAAUCAAAUGCCGCUGGCAUCCCUAGAGAGCAGGAGCAGUUGCUGCGAUGCUCUCCUGCAGACACUACACGCAGAACGCGGCAUCAUAGCCAGGAAGACGAACACCUGGAGCGGAGGACUGGGUCUGAACGAUACUCGCCCCCUUUGUUUUCCUUCCCUUCCCAUAGUGACGUAACCAACUUUUCCGUCAGGGGAUUUCGAGAAAGUGUAUGCCGAUUCUUUAAGAAUUCCCCCCAAAUUGAUGAACCUUCAGGUGGUUGCCCAAGGGACGAUUCGAUCAAGGGGAGCGGACCCUCAGCGACUGUUGAAUGCACCUCUCAAACCCCACCUCAGACUGUGCAGGUACCCGCCCAUCGCACUUCGCAGAAGGGUGCGCGGUGGCAACGAUGGAAUCUGUGGCGAACUGUGAGACGGAGGCAAGAGACAGGAAGUGUUUGUAAAGAGGGGCAGCUGCGGUACCUGGAGGUGGAUGACACUAUCUCAGACACGCCCCCGCUUUGGCUGCGCUGCCACCUGCAGGUCAGGAGGAUCAACGAGCACACCGCUAGUGAGAAGUACCAGCUGGAGCUCUAUGACCCACCCAAGGACUACAAAACUCCAAAGCUUACAGUACCCUGUUCGGACAUCCAAGAGAUUCGACGCUGUAAUCGACUAGAGAUGCCAGACAACAUGAACACGUUUGUCUUAAAGGUUACUGGUCAUCCGGGUAGUUUUCUAUUUGAGGCCGAUAAUGAGCAGCAGGUGAGCUCUUGGACCACAGAGCUCAGAGAAUGCAUCACCAGCAGGUCAGAUAGUGUGGAUGGAGAACCGUUUCCUGUUAGCGACUCGCUCAACACAGCUCGCAGAGGGAGUACAGAGCCCGGCGGCCAGGGCUCUCUGGGUUUUGGACUCGCAGAGCACGCCUACAAUAAAACGGAUCACUUCCUGUCCUCUUACCCAUGGUUCCAUGGGCCCAUAUCACGUGUGCGGGCUGCCUACCUUGUACAGCAUGCCGGGUUCAGCGGUCAUGGGAACUUCCUCGUGAGACAGAGCGAGACGCGGAGAGGAGACUACGUCCUCACGUUUAACUACCAGGGCAGAGCAAAGCAUUUGCGUCUAUCUUUAACUGAAUGGGGUCAGUGCCGUGUGCAGCACCUGCGUUUCCCAUCAGUCAUGGACAUGCUGAGUCACUUCCGCAACUGUCCGAUCCCGCUGGAGUGCGGCGCUGCGUGUGAAGUUAUGUUGGCCAAUUAUGUGCGGCUAAACCCCACUCACGCAGGUCAGAGUUCAGCUAUCAGCUCUCCGGUAUUGGUGCCCUUCUCUCGCUGGAGCUCAGAGCCGAGUCUAGCUCACUGUAGUCCGGAUUCAUGCCCUCACUCCAGCCCCACCACGGCCCAGUCAUUAGCAUUAUCCGCGCUCCCGCAUCGCACACCCUCUUCGUUUCCAGACCGCCCCGUUCCCGUCCCCCUGCGCCGGAGCGAGUCGGUGGGCCGCAGAAACCUGCUCCGCCACCCCAACCCGCUGCCGCCGCUACUGCCCAACCAGGACUCUGACUACGAACUGGAGCCACCCGACAGGGGGCGCAAGAGAGCCAUCGACAACCAGUACAUGUUCUUCUGACAGAGACAGAGGAAGAAAAAGAAUAAAGAAGCCGCAGAUGAAAAAUGCUCCAGAAUUCCCAGCCGGAUGGAGAGCAUCCGGCAGCCAAACGGAGAAAAGAGUUGGAGUCGUGCGAGAUUGCGCACAAGACUCGGGGUAGAGGCACCUGCGCGUGAACGAUACUGCCGGACACCUGACACCCAGCCCUGCCAGCUGUCUACCUUGUGAAUGUAUUAUACAGAUGUUUCACUAUCAGAUCGGUGUGUAUUGUAGAAUAGCUCAGAGGAGUUGUUGGAUGGGAACGUUUGGCGAUGGUUGGUCAGUAAGUCGAACACAAACCAAGGGUCGAGUCAAACACGUCCGUGUCUACACUGGAAGCGGACAUCGCGACAACUUGAGGCCGUCUACACUGGAUACAUUCACAAUCAGCUGUAAGCUCAAGCCUAGAGUUUAGUAAUCAACGAUUACUAAAACGACAGUAAAAUCAGUUUGUCGAUCAGACAAAAAAAAUCUUUAUUUUCGACCGAAAUACAGUAUAAAAUUGAUUUUGCAUGUGAUUAAUUUGAUAACUAAUUUUACGAUCGUAUUCCUACAACUGGA